GCCGACCACGCACGCUCCGGUCUGUCAGCUGCUGCGCCCGGACUCUCGCGGCCUGGCCGGGUCUCUCAGUCCGCGGGACACGGCCCGGAGCCUCCGGACUGCUCCUGACUCCUCCAGGAGUAACAGUCCGCCCCGGUCCCGCCCGCACCCCGCCUCGAGGCCUCGGCCAUGUUCUCCAGGGCCCAGGUGAGGCGAGCUCUGCAGUGGGUGCCCGGGAAGCAGCGAUUCGGCAUCUACAGGUUCCUGCCCUUCUUUUUUGUCCUGGGAGGGACGAUGGAGUGGAUCAUGAUCAAAGUGCGCGUGGGCCAGGAGACCUUCUAUGACGUCUACCGUAGAAAAGCUUCAGAAAGACAGUAUCAGAGAAGGCUGGAAGAUACAUCAGAGACCGAUCUCCAUAAGAUAAUAAAUAACCUGCUCUUCAGUUUUGAAACCUGUGUUUUGUUUCUGCCCAUGCUGCCAAUCCUGAGGACACGACUUGGAGACUCCCCAAACUGGCUGUAUCACAGAUCUGCAGGGCAGCACCAACAAAUCAGCAACCUCCUCCACUUCCUGUUUACAAGUACCAGGCCUGGGGUAGCCACUGAGAAUGUGAGCUGAGAGGACAGAUAAGUCUCUUGAAGCUCAGAGCCAGGCCAGCUGUGCAUGGGCACGCAGUUCUGUCUCCCUGACUACUACUGGGUGUUCUGUGCUCUCUUCCAGUGCAGUUCAGACUCUGGAGGCAAAAGAAGCGAGGGUAACAAUGCCCCGCACCCACCAAAACACAGCUGCUGUCUCGGGGUGUGUACUUGCCUAAAGCAGGGCUUCUAUCAAGUGCUAUAUACAUUUACAAGGUGUCAACGCCAACAAGGUUUUACCGAUUGACUCAGAGAAACCUUGUGCCAAGGUAUGAGGGCACGAUUUAGGACCAAGUUCAUUUGCCAUGUAAGAAAAAUUAUUUUCCGAUUGACCCCUGGUGCCACAGCCUCUCACAUGAGCCACCACAUCCAGAGUAGAGCAUGAGUGCCGCAAACAUUUCUCCCCUUUGGGGCAUUUUGUAAACAUCUCUGGUAGAGCUUUGGCCAUUCUCUAGGGAUGCACAGAGUGUGGCCAAGCUGCAGGGGUGGUGUGCAUGCCUGUUGUCCCUGCACUUGGGUGGGUGGUCAGGCAGUAGAAUCCUGAGUUCCAGGCCAGCUUUGGCUACAUAGCCAGAUGCUAUCUCAAAAAAA